CUCUUCCCUCCUCUUUCGGGGGUGGGCAGCAACCCUAUGUAUUCCCAACGCCGUCCUGCUUCAUGCUUCCGCCGCCACUCUGGCUCAAGCCGACGAGCUGGCAAUCGCUCGCUCGCCAAAUACAGCCAGUAACUAAUUUUCCAUUCAGCACUCCUCUCGGGGAAGACGGCCAGAGGACCCGUUGCCAUGGCGCAGCCGCUUUCGUUCGUCUUCGCGGACCGUGUCACCGUGCCGGGCAUGCUCGGUGUCGACAUCCAGGCCGAGAUCUUGGCCAAGAUCGUGGAGUUUAAGCCUGACAAGAUCCUCCUCGUCAGCGACGAGACCGUCGACGGCCUGCACGGCGGCUUCUUCGACCCUCUGCUCCCGCAGCCCUGCGCGGGCCUCGGCGAGACGGGCUGCAUGGAGGGGCUGCCCGGGGGCGGUGCACCGGACUCCCCCGACGUGGAGAAGUUCGUGCUCCCUCCGGGCGACGCGUGCAAGUCGUGGGCGCACCUCUCCGAGCUGAUGGAGUGGGCCUUCCGCGUCGGGGCCACCAAGCGCAGCGUCGUCGUCGCCUUCGGGGGCGGUGCCCUCAUGAACGUCACGGGCCUGUUCGCGUCCAUCCUGUACCGGGGGAUGAAGCUGGUCUACGUCCCCACCACGCUGCUUGCCAUGCACGACGUGACCACCUCGCUGAAGACCUCCAUCUGCUACGACGGGCGCAAGAACAACAUCGGCUCCUUCUAUGCACCUCAGGUGAUCCUGAUUGACGUUGCGUUUUGCAGGACUCUGCCUCGGGGCGAGAUGUUCUCAGGCAUCGGAGAGCUUAUGAAGAACGCAUGCCUUUUCGGAGGAAAGUACGCAGACGGUGUCUCUGAAGUGCUGUCCAGGGACCGUAUCAAUUCCAGCCACGGUGGGUCCGGCGAUGAGUUCAUGAUGGACGACGAGGCUUUGAUGAAGUUGCUCGUCUUGGGUAUCGAGGCCAAAAUGACGGUCCUUGCGAAAGACGCCUACGAGAAGACGUCUGGGAUGGUCUUCGAGUACGGGCACACGGUGUCCCACGCCAUCGAGAAAGCCUACGGUGACGGUGUCGUGCCGCACGGGUUGGGGGUGACCUACGGCAUGAUGUCGAGCUCGUAUGCGGCCAGGAAGUUGGGGAUCAUGUCGAGUGAAGAUCAUGAGCAGCACGACAAGCUGUGCAUGUUGCUGCUGCACCGUUGGAAGUUGCCCGAACCACGGCCCAGCGCCGAGCGUGUGCUGGCGCUCGCGAUGCAGGACUCCAAGCGCGGCAUCACGAGCGAGGCGGAGGACGAGAUCUCGGACGUGCUCCUGAGGAAGAUGGGCGACGUCGUCGAGACGAAGACCAGCAACCUCUCGAAGUUCCCCUGCAGCCUCGUGCACGAGUGGCUGGUCUCCAUGGGCUUCCCCGCCGAGGGCGCGCCCGCGAAGGGCGGCACGGGCGAGCCCUGAGGCGCUCAGACGCAGCGCCCGCCGGGGCGAGGGCACGGGGCUCGCCUUCCGGAGCCACAGGGCGGCCGCGCCGCCCCGGCCCGCCAGGCCGGUUGGCCAGGGGCCGGGGAACUGCCGCGCGCCGCCGCUCCACGACCGAAGAGCCGGAACAAGGGUCGGUCCGCGGCGAGCGAAUUUGCGGAAGGGUGGCGGUGUGGCGCGUGUCGUGCCAGUACGCAGGACCCCCAGAAUAAGUUUUUGCGAUGAUUGCACGCGUCGGCGCCAGCUCUGUGCAAGGGACAGAGAGCGGCCAAGCCCUCCCUCACACACCGCGUCCGAAAGAUUCGUUCCCCGUCGCGCUGAUUUUUUUGUCGGUGGGCUCUUCGGGGCCACAGACCAGUACGAAGGUGCUGGUCGUUCUGGCCGGUAGAUCGUCGAGGGGUGACUUGGGAGACCUUGUGAGAGACGAUGGGCGCCGUCAGAGAGAGGAAAAAACAACGCCGUCCUGUUUCAUAUGUUGCACUCAUUUCUUCCGACCGACGGGUCAGGAGGCCGUGGAGUUCCAGGGCCUGCUUGUCCUCCCGGACGAUCUCGCCCAGGACCAGCCAAUGCUUGCCGCGCACCCUCGCC